CCCAGCCCAGCAUGGUGACAGCAGCCAGGGUGGCCUGUGCCCUCCUCAUCCUCUGCACGCUGUGCUGGCACAGUCUGGCUCAAAGAGCUCCAGCYAUGCCGGACAAGUGCUGCUUCACCUUCCAGAGCAGGAGGAUCAGGAGGGCCAACGUGGUGGCCUGUUACCCCACCAGCCCCGAGUGCCCGCACCAGGCUGUGAUUUUCAGGGUGAGGAGCGGCAAGGAGAUCUGCACCCAGGCCAGCAGGCCGUGGGUCAAGAGGUACCAGCAGAGCCUCCAGGUCAGCUCCUUCUCCAUCCCCAGCUAG